AUGAUCUCUGGAGAAAAGAAGAGUGUUACUGGCAGCAACGUUCCAGAAUUAAAUGGCUACAUAAUGGAGACUCCAAUACCUCGUACUUUCACCAGUGAUUACGCAAAGAAGGAGACAAAACAAGAUCACAAGAAUAAAGGGAGAGAAUGGCAAUUGGGAGCAAUCGCAAAAGGGAGUUUGUAG